CCUCCGACGUGCUGCUAAACAAGAAGGAGCGCCGCAGGAACAGCAUCAACAGGAACUUCGUGGGCGACUACCUCGGCACCGACAACCACCCCGAGAUCCGGCAGUUCGUCGGCCGCAGAGAGAGGAUCGACUUCGCCGACGUGGUGGUGAAGUUCGACCGCAGAUUCAGGACGGUGAAGCGGGACCUCAUCCUGACCCCCAAGUUCCUGUACCUGAUUGGUCGAGAGAAGGUGAAGCAGGGUCCGGAUAAAGGCCAGAUCCAGGAGGUUCUGAAGAGGAAGAUCGAGAUCAACAAGAUCCAGUCCGUGUCCCUGAGUACGCUGCAGGACGACUUCUUCAUCGUCCAUGAGGAAGAGUACGACAGCGUCCUUCAGAGCGUCUUUAAGACGGAGUUCCUGAGUCUGCUGGUGAAACGCGUCCAGGAGAAAACGGAGAAGAAGCUGCCGCUGAAGUUCAACAACCUUCUGGAGUUCAAGGUGAAGAAGGGGGGUUGGGGUCCGUUCAGCUCCUCGGGGUCCCGGCACAUCCAGUUCCAGGCGGGUCAGGGGGACGAGGUGGUCUUUAAGCCCAGCGGGAAGGUCCUGCAGGUCUCCGUCGGACCGGGUCUGCCCAAAAACUCCAGACCGACAAGGAAGGACAACCGCAAGAGUCGCUACAUGGGGAAACAGACCCCCUCCAGCCAGAACAGCUCAGCUUCUCGCCCCAGAGGAGGCGGGCCCUCGGGCAGAGACUCCUCCUCGCGCCGCUCCCUGCUGAGGCAGUCCACCAUGGAGCAGCCCAGCCUGCCCCGCAUACAGAACCAGCUCCGCCACGACCAGCCGACGCACAAACAACACGACAUGGGCUUCAUGAACGUCCCCGACCAGGGCGCCGCGGGGCUGCAGCGCCGGCGGUCCAAGGAGGUGAAGCCUCUUCCUGGAGCGGGUCGACCCAAACCGGCUCCCAAGCCCAAGCCCCGGGCCCCCCAUUGCCGGGCCCUGUACGCCUACGACGCCCAGGACACAGAUGAGCUGAGCUUCAACGCUGAGGAGGUCAUAGAGAUACUCACCGAGG